CGCAGUCACAACAAGCAGAAUGAGUCAUGAGCCUUGUUGGGCGGGCUUGCACCACUGGUGCAAUUGUCCUGGCUACGCUUGUUUGGCAUUUGGGUCAGCCAGUUGAGUACACCUUCCUACUUGCAACCUUCGAGGAUGCAGAGGACUCUGCCCUAUCGGCAGCAGAGGCAUUUCGGAACGCAGCUCUUCCGCCAGAACUGCUUCGCAAGCUCAAGGGUCCUGUUUGGACCAGUGAUGCCAAAGGAGAAGGCUGGGGCCUUUUGGGAGACUGAAGAGACGAUUCAGUGCAUGCGUGGGGAAGCCUUGAUAGAUUUCUUGAGACUUUGGACGCCUGAGCCCUUCUGGGUUUUGACAGUAGUCGCCCUCCUUUUGGAUGGGCGCCUGGAAGACUGGCUGCGGAAUCCGCAGUAUGUCCUGGAGGACGUGACACGCCGAACUGCACAGAUGAGAUACGGUACCUUUGAGGACGUUUGCUGCUUUGGGACUGGACACCUGGUACGAAUGGCAAAGCGCUUGCAGCGGUACUGGAAUGAUUGGGUGGCCCGCACCUGGACUGCCAACGUUCAAUUCUCACAGGAUCCAAAUCUUUGCAAGAGCCAAAGCAGGCUUCACUGUGGAAGAGUUUUUGCUGGGAAUACUGCCUGGCAGCACGUCGUCUUGUGGGAGGCCGAUCCAAGUGAGCCAACCAGCGGACUGCGCUUGCAGCCCAUUUGAUGCGACCGCUGGGUGG